UAAUAAAAUCCAUCCCAAAACGAAAACCCCUUUAUUUGCAUUAAAGAAAGAAAAAUUGUGAAGAAAACAGAUCAAAAUGGCGGAAAUUGAUGAAUGAAAGUGAAGUAAGAAACAUUGAAGCAUCCAGAUGAAGAAUAUGCCCAGUUCCUCUGUUUCAGAUUCCAUCAAUAAGAACUAAGAAUUUCUUGUAAAUCUCCUCCUCCAUACCUGUUAUCCAUGAAUAAUCUCAUCCCUCUCAUCCUUCUCAUCUCCUUCUUCCCCAUUUCAAUCCAAUCCAAGGUCUCCAUUUCUGUCUCCCCUUCCAUUCUCUCCAAAUCCGGUGAUUCAGUUCAAAUCCAAUGGUCUGGAAUUGAAUCCCCUUCCAAGCUCGACUGGCUUGGAAUUUACUCGCCCCCAAAUUCUUCCCAUAAGCAUUUCAUCGGCUACGUCUUCCUUUCUUCUUCUCCCUCAUGGCAAUCCGGCUCUGGAUCUGUUUCCAUCCCCUUAGUCAACCUCCGAUCCAAUUACUCCUUCAGGAUUUUCCGGUGGACCGAAUCGGAGAUCGACCACAAGCAUCAUGACCACGACCACAACCCUCUUCCUGGCACUGCGCACCUCCUUGCCGCCUCGGGGGAGCUCCGAUUCUCCCCUGGUGGCGGCCCGGAGCAGAUCCAUCUGGCGUUCACGGACUACGAUGAUGAAAUGAGAGUGAUGUUUGUGACGGAGGAUGGAUCGGAAAGGUACGUGAGAUAUGGGGAAAAUAAGGAGAAGCUUGAUCAGAUUGUCGCGGCGCGUGUUGAGAGGUAUGAGAGGGAGCACAUGUGCGAUUCCCCUGCUAAUGAUAGCAUUGGUUGGAGAGAUCCUGGUUUUAUUCAUGAUGCUGUCAUGAAGAAAUUGCAGAAAGGAGCUAAGGUUUAUUAUCAGGUUGGUAGUGAUUCUAAAGGUUGGAGUCGUAUUCUAAACUUCGUGUCGCGUAAUGAGGACUCGGAUGAAACGAUUGCUUUCCUUUUUGGUGAUAUGGGAGCUGCAACACCAUACACAACCUUUGUCCGAACACAGGAGGAAAGCAUAUCUACGGUUAGGUGGAUACUUCGUGACAUUGAAGCGCUUGGUGACAAACCUGCAUUUAUCUCUCACAUUGGGGAUAUCAGCUACGCAAGGGGUCAUGCGUGGUUGUGGGACGUUUUCUUCCAUCAGAUUGAACCUGUGGCAUCUAAGGUUGCAUACCAUGUAUGUAUUGGCAAUCAUGAAUAUGACUGGCCUCUUCAGCCAUGGAAACCCGAGUGGGCAAAUGGGAUAUACGGGAAAGACGGGGGAGGGGAAUGUGGGGUGCCAUAUAGUAUGAAGUUCAACAUGCCAGGAAACUCUUCAGAACCUACUGAAAGCCACAGUUUGCCUACUCGAAACCUUUUCUACUCUUUUAACAUGGGAUCGGUGCAUUUUGUGUAUAUAUCAACAGAAACCAAUUUCCUUCAAGGAAGUAGCCAAUAUGAAUUCAUUAAGCGGGAUUUGGAGUCCGUUGAUCGGAAGAAGACGCCAUUCGUAGUAGUGCAAGGGCAUAGACCAAUGUAUACAACAAGCAACGAACUUAGAGAUACCCCAUUGAGGGAGAAAAUGCUGCACCAUUUGGAACCAUUGUUUGUGAAAAAUAAUGUGACAUUGGCAUUAUGGGGUCACGUCCAUAGGUAUGAGAGGUUUUGCCCACUUAAUAACUACACUUGUGGAAGUAUGGGUGUGGAUGGGGAAGACUGGGAGGCAUUACCUGUCCAUCUUGUCAUCGGAAUGGCUGGACAAGAUUGGCAACCAAUCUGGGAGCCAAGACCAAACCACCCAGAUGACCCGGUCUUCCCACAACCGAAACGGUCGAUGUACCGUGGAGGCGAAUUUGGGUACACCAGAUUGGUUGCUACAAAAGAGAAGCUUACAAUCUCUUAUGUUGGAAAUCAUGAUGGAGAGGUACACGAUUCUGUCGAGAUCUUGGCGUCUGGACAAGUUCUGAAUGGUGGAGUUGGUUCAAAAUUCAUCAACAGUAGUAUUACAAACUCGACGUCUAGGAAUGAGAUGCUAGAAUCUUCAUUCUCCUGGUUUGUGAUGGGAGCAAGUCUUUUGGUUCUUGGAGCCUUCAUUGGAUACAUUAUUGGAUUUGUUUCACAUGCAAGGAAGAAUUCAAUAUCAAGAAAUAACUGGACUCCUGUGAAGACUGAAGAAUUGCAAUGAAAUAAAAUUGGAAGGUAAGUUACAGUGUAUAAUCUUUGUAUAGUUGCCUCCAUGUUUAAAUCACGACAUCAAUACAAAUACAGAAAGAGCGGAAGCCUUUGUAAAUAGAUAGUGUUGCUGAUCAAAAGCAUUGUGAAGUAUGUAUUUUGUCGAAUUUUGGUUUUUGUACCUUUUGAAUUACCAGAAUAUUUUGAUGGGAUGUGAUGGAACCGAUUAGUCAUGAUGUCGAUAACCACGAAAAUGUUUUGAAGUCGGGAAUGUUAACUAAUUAAGGCAUAUUCCUUUGUGAGA